UCCACACUAGAGCGUUAAAUCGAUUUAAACAGCAUUAAAUCGAUUUAACGCUGUAACCAUCCACACUACAAGGCACUUAAAAUCGAUUUUAAGGGGUCUUAAAAUCGAUUUCUGUACUCCAGCUAAACGAAAGGAGUAACCCUAAACUCGAUUUUACAAAAUCGAUUUUGGGCUAGUGUGGACGGAAAUCGAAGUUAAUGGCCUCCGGGAGGUAUCACACAGUGCACCAGUGGCCGCUCUGGACAGCUAAAGAAACUCUACUGCUGGCCAGGUACACAGGAAAAGCCCUGGGAACUUAUGAAUUGCAUUUCCUGUUUGGCCAGCGUGGAGCUCUCAGCAGCACAGGUAACAAUGCAGUCUCCUGAGAAUAGGAAAAGAGCUCCAGCAUGGAACACACAGGAGUUAUUGGAUCUGAUCGCUGUAUGGGGAGAAGAUUCUGUGCUAUCAGAACUGUGUUCCAGUAGACGAAAUGGGAAAACUUUUGAAAAGAUUUCUAAUGCCAUGAGGCAGAGAGGACAUAGCAGAGACUCGGUGCAGUGCAGAGUUAAAGUGAAGGAGCUCAGACAAGCGUACCAGAAGACCAAAGCAGCAAAGGGCAGAUCCGGAUCUGGCCCCAAAACAUGCCGCUUCUACGCGGAGCUUCAUGCAAUUUUAGGUAACUGCGCCACGACAAGCCCCCCCUUGUCUGUGGAUUCAGAGGUGGGGGUAGUAAUCUCAGCCACUGCUGAUGAUUUUGCGGACUGCGAAGAUGUGGAGGAGGAACCGGAGGAGGACGAGAUGGCAGAGACCACACAGCACUCCAUUCCCCCCAACAGCCAGGAUCUUUUCCUCACUUUGACAGAAGUACCCUCCCAGCCCUCUCAAGCCAGUAGCACAGACAAUGAAGCCAUGGAAGCAUCCUCUGCUGCACAUUUCUCCAGCCUCCCUUCUCCUGUCCGAAGGAUAGGUCAGAUAAGGAGGCUGAGGAAGAAGAGGACACGGGAGGAGAUGUUCACAGAAAUAAUGGCAGUAACCCGCAGUGAAAGAGCUCAUCUGGGGGAGUGGAAACACGUCGUCGCAAAGUACAGGGAGGCUGCUAGUGAACGUGAGGACAGGAGGACGCUAAAAAUGACAUGUGGUGGCAGGAAGAUCAGGGGUGGCGGGCAGCAACGCUGGAGCUUCUUCGCGAUCAGACUGACCUCCUCCGAAGUCUGCUGGAAGAGCUGCGGGGUCACAGAGUGCCACUCCAGCCCAUGUUCAACCUCCCUCAGUACUCACCAUGUCCCAUAUCUUCCACACCCAGACCUGUAAGAACGCACGGGGGAAGGCUUUCUGCACCUGGCCACUCCACCCCUGUGGACAGUCCAACCAAAAGGCUGUCAUUACAUUGAAAUGCCCUUAAUGGCAUUUUUCUUCCCUCCUAUACUCCUCCCAAACCACUCCCGGGGUAACUUUUCAUUUCUUUUAAUCUUAGGACAUGCUAUUCAAAGGCAGUGGGAGGGGGGGUUAAUCAAGGGGAAAGAAACACAGCAGUCACACCGUACCCUGGCCCAUGAUGAAACUCGUUUUCAGGGCUUCCUUAAUUGCCUUUGUUUUCCCUUCCUCCCUCCCUCCCUCUACUAUCCUCCCCCCAAAACCCCUAAUUAUGUAUUUUUAAUCACAGGCUUGUAAAAGCAAGAGGGAGGGUGGGUUGCUU